AUGGCUUCCUCUUUAUCUCUCUCCCAAUCUGAUCAAGAAAAUCUCAUAGAAAAACUCGGAAUUUUCAAGAUUCAAGGCCGAGAUAAACGUGGCCGUAAGGUUCUUCUCAUCAUCGGCAAACUCUUCCCUGCUCGGGUGGUGAGCAAUGAGGUGGUGAAGAAAUACUUGGAGGAGAAAAUAUAUCCAAAAUUAGAAGAAAAGCCAUUCUCGGUGGUGUAUGUCCACACAGAUGUACAAAGGAGUGAGAAUUUCCCUGGAAUUUCAACCCUUCGUUCAAUUUACGAGGCUAUCCCGAUCAACGUCAAGAAUCACCUCGAAUCUGUUUAUUUUCUGCAUCCGGACCUUCAAGCCAGACUCUUCCUUGCCACUUUUGGCCGUUUUCUUUUCAGUGGAGGGUUAUACUCGAAGCUGAAAUAUGUGACAAGGCUGGAGUUUUUGUGGGACCAUGUGAGGAGGCAUGGGAUUGAGAUACCGGAAUUUGCGUAUGAUCAUGAUGAAGAGCUGGAGUACCGUCCGAUGAUGGAUUAUGGAUUGGAGAGUGAUCACCCUAGAGUGUACGGUGGGCCAGCGAUGGAUAAUAAUCCAGUUUCAGUGUAUUCAAUGCGAUGUAUUGCGUAG